ACGAUGGAGACGCUGAGAGACAAGACCCUGGAGGAGCUGGAGCAGAUGCAGGACGACCCCGAGGUCAUCGCACGGCUGGCCCUCGAGUCCCCCCAGGUCCAGGACCUCCAGCUGGAGCGGGAGAUGGCGCUGGCCACGAACCGGAGCCUGGCUGAGCAGAACCUGGAGUUCCAGGCGCCCCUGGAGAUCAGCCGCUCAAACCUCUUGGACAAGUACCAGGAACUCCGAAAGCUGGUGGAGCGGUGCCAGGAACAGAAGGCCAAGCUGGAGACCUUUUCUUCGGCGCUGCAGCCCGGCACCUUGUUGGACCUCCUGCAGGUGGAGGGCCUGAAGACCGAGGAGGAGUCUGAGGGCAUGGCUGAGAAGUUCCUGGAAGGUGAGGUGCCCUUGGAGACGUUCCUGGAGAGCUUCUUCGCCAUGAGGGUACUGUCCCACCUGCGCCGCGUCCGUGUGGAGAAGCUCCAGGAAGUGGUGCGGAAGCCCAGGCCCACCCAGGAGCCCAUCGGAGACGCCCCGCCACCCCGACCACCGCCCCCACCGCGCCCAGCCCCCCAGGCCACGCCCCCGGCAGCCGAGGAGCAGCCCCGGCCCUUUGCCCUGCCUUCCUACUCCCUGCCCUACAGCCCGACGCCUGCCAUGCCUGUGGGCCCCACGGCCCAAGGCGCGCUUCCGCCGGCCCCUUUCCCUGUGGUCUCUCAGCCCCCCUUUUCCUACAGCAUGCCUGUGGGCCCCGGGCUCCCCCCUGCCCUGCCAGGAGCCAGGCCUGUGGGGGGCUACUCCUGGUCCCCACAGAGGGGCACACCACCACAGCCGGGCUUUCCCAUGGCCCCGGCUGGCAGCUCUGUUUCUGGCCCAGGGUACCCCUUGGCUGGAGGCCGGGCCCCCAGUCCUGGUUAUCCUCAGCAGCAACCCCCCUACCUGUCCACAGGAGGAAAGCCCCCAUACCCCACUCAGGCACCUCUUCCCAGCUUCCCCAGACAGCCUCAGCCCCCCUAUCCUCCAGGGCCUGCCCCACCAUACGGGUUCCCGCCGCCUCAGGGGCCCUGGCCUGGCUGUUAGACCCCCGUCUGGCCCCUGGCCUCUCCCCACUGAGACCUCAACCACAACCUUGGGCCCUUCCAUUACUGAAGUUCCCGGGCGGUGUGGAAGUGGAAGCAGCCCUCCCCGAGGGCCGGUCUGGAACGGGCACUUCCUGGCUUCUGGCCAUGGGUCCUCCCAGGAGCACCUGUUGGUGACUCUGCUGCCAGGCUCGGCACUGCCCCUUGGGGAGAUGUCUGCAUGAUGGUAAUCACCGGUGCCUGCACAGGAGGGGUGCUGCCACAGCUCUGGGCCCUCAGUCCUACCUGCCUUCCCCGGGAGCCCAAGAGUGCAGCGGUCAGCAGCGAGGAAGACGAGUGGCGAGAGAAUGAAGGCCCUGCUCGUAAUUCAACCACAAGCCAUCACAAAACUCUAAGAGGCCCAAGUCUGAUGCACGUGCCCCACUGUGUACCCCCUUAGUGCCUACCCUCUCACUGGGGACAGCCCCUCCCUCUGCCCACCUGCUAGUUCCCCGAUGUCAUCCCUCCCCAUGGCCAGCUCCGCCCCCACCCCCACCCCAACAGUGACUUCCAGGUGGUGCUUCUAGAACUCCCUCGCCCACUUGCCGCCGGCCUUGCUGCUUCCCUUGUCCUCAGGAUGGACGUUGGGCAGGGCGCUAAGCGUAAGUUACCCCUGUCAAGGGGUCACCAGGAACCAGGAGUGGUGGCAGGUGGGCAGACCCCGGAGCUGCAGCCAGCCAGAAAGUUGUGCCUUGAGAUGCCCGCUACUGGGCUUCCUCCGGCUGAUGGGCUGUGGGUGCUGGGGGCCAAACUUGAGCCGGUGCCUGCCCCUCCUCCCCUGGUGCCAUCCAUGGGGAACACUGGGCUUGCUUCUUGUAAGUUAUUUAUAACGAGCAUCCACUAAUGGGCCGCGCCAGCCCAGGGCUGCCGGACGUCUGUAGGAUUAAUUUGCCAUAAUAAACGGUGGUGAGUUCAGGGCCCUGUUGUAGUUCCAGUGGGCUCGGGAAGUCA